AUGUCCCUCCCCCAGGAUCUCGAGCAACAUGUCUCUGAUUACAUGUUCAUGCUUUCACACAACAAGGGGAUUUACUCCGGCACCAAAUGCCACCCGGCGAUCUCUGAGGACCUGCAGAAAGCAGCCGGAGGGGCAGUAGACAUGAUCAGUCAGGCGGAUAAGUGCACAGUCCUACUUGACGGUGAUAUCCUCGACACGCUUCCUCCGCCAAGUGGCAGUGCAAUGCACCUGGAUCGCGAACUGAAGUAUGAAAGGCGCCGGCUCCAGUUGAGAUGGGACCCUAUGAACCACCCCUGGUAUGAAACCACCGUUGAUCCGACCAACGGCCACCUCCUUGCCAUCCGGCCGUUCAAGCUUUGUGACCUCUCUGGUCGCAUUCUGCUAUGGUACCUUCCUGAUGUGGUUCCCGAGUGGCUACAGGCCCUUGUGUUUGGGUCCCUCCUUCCGGUGCACAGGCAGCUCAAGGCUGGCAUCAGCGCCGCUAAUGCGGCCACAUUCCGGAACCACACCAGUUUAUUCCUCCCACCCCAGGCUUCCGGAAUCCAACCUGGAUCAAUCAACCCCAUGACGGAGUGA